CUUGUGUCCAGUGUUAUGAGGAGUGCUGAUAUGACAUCGGCUUUGGAAGAAACGUGAAAACAUCAGCUCGCGGGCCGGGAUGGGAACCCCAAUCAAAGAUGUGACGCUCAAGCCGGAUGCUCCCAACACACUGUUACUGGACAAACACGUAGAGUACAUUGCCAGCUAUGGUUCCAAGAAAGAUGACUAUGAGUAUGUCAUGACAGAAUACCUGCGUAUGAGUGGAAUCUACUGGGGCAUCACAGUCAUGGACUUGAUGAAGCACCUAGAUGCCAUGGCCCAGCAGGAGAUUGUCGACUUUGUCAUCAGCUGUCAGCAUGAAUGCGGAGGUUUUGGGGCCAGUGUCAACCACGACCCUCAUUUGCUAUACACGUUGAGUGCAUUACAGAUUUUAAUCAUCUUUGAUUCUGUGGAUGUCAUCAAUGUUGACAAAGUAGUAGAAUAUGUCAAAGGACUAGAGCAAGAUGAUGGUUCAUUCAUCGGUGACAAGUGGGGGGAAGUUGAUACUAGAUUUUCAUUUUGUGCAGUUGCGUGCUUGGCAUUACUGGGCAGACUGGAUGCUAUCAAUGUACAGAAGGCAGUGGAGUACGUCCUAUCCUGUAUGAACUUUGAUGGUGGCUUUGGCUGUCGGCCUGGCUCCGAAUCACACUCAGGACAGGUGUAUUGCUGUGUUGGGAUGCUGGCAAUCACUGAUAGUCUACAUCAUGUCAAUGCAGACCAGCUAGGCUGGUGGCUUUGUGAGAGACAACUCCCAUCUGGUGGACUCAAUGGGAGACCAGAGAAGUUGCCAGAUGUCUGCUACUCUUGGUGGGUGCUAGCCUCCCUCAAGAUCAUUGGCAGGCUGCAUUGGAUUGACAAACGCAAGCUAGAAGCCUUCAUCUUGGCUUGUCAAGACGACGAGACACCAUCUCCGGAUGGUGUGCCCCCAUUCAAUUGUAUUGUGUCCUUCUUUCCUCAGGUGGAUCCUUUUCAUACCCUGUUCGGUAUCGCAGGCUUGUCACUCCUUGGUUCCUUCUCUGACCAGAUCAAGCCGGUCAACCCCGUGUUCUGCAUGCCAGAGGAAACACUUCUAAGAAUACGACUCACACCCACACUCUUGUAGAUAUCUACACAGGUCACUGUACUUCUCUGUCUUUUUUUUUCUGUUUAUUUCCAAGCAAUGUCAAUAUUUCCUUCAUAUACAAUUCAUUCCUUCUGGCUUGAUACAAAACAGUUUAGCUCAGAAAAAGUUGCCAACUCUUUUGAAUUAAUUGGGGGCCAUAUUGAAUUCAACCAAACCAGAAUGACAUUAAAUUUUCAAUGCUGGAAAUGUCAUAUUUAUAAAAAGUGUUUUCCUUAAAUUGUUCCCAGUCUACAGUAACAUGGAUGUGUUAUGGAAACUUUGGUGUUAUUAGACACACAUUUAAACACUUGUGUGUGCGCUAACCUUACAUACCAAGUGUGGACUUGUGAACAAAAGAUGUCUACACGAUGCAGGAAAGGAAGACUUACACACGUCCACAGGACGUUUCCCCUUCUUUGAAAAAGAAGUUUAGAGGCAUUUUGGGGCAGAGGUCAUCCGUCGUAAAAGGAACAGGAGCAGUCACGGAAACCUUUUACAAAUGUCCAGCUGAAAAUCCUGUUCCCAGUUCAAGAAAAACGAGUAUUUUCACUGAGUUUUCUUAACUACAACGAAAAGAAAGGAAAGUCCACUGUAGGUAUGUAAGGUAAGUGUUGGUGAGUGUACGUGUGCACAAAUAAAUCAACUACUCAUAGUCUCCCAGCUGAGUAAACAUUCAGUCCUAUGAGUUUUUGGUGUCAAGCUGGUAGCCAGGUAUCAUAUGUUCGUUUCAGCGCAUUCUAUUACUUCCCCUGUGAUUGGUUUUAGUGGUUUAAUUGAACAAUCCAGUGUGACUUCUCACGCUCAAUCCCCAGGCCCCAGUAACUGAGCUGCCGAGUUGGUUACUUCCAAAGUAUUCCACAAUGCAAUGUAUAAAUAUGGCUGCUGAGUGGAACGAUACAAGGAAAAGCUGACACGAUUGUAAAAAGUUCAGAAAAUAUCUUUGCAUGCAUGGCAAAGUAGCUCAGUCAAGUAAUUUCUUUGAAAGGAAAGCCCAGACGUGUGUACUGAUGUCCAUUGUUUUGGCUGUUGGAAUUCAUUCUGCCAAAUUAAUCGCUUAAUGACCUCUUGGGGCACCACAUAUUAUGCGUGUCCAUGACAACACCACAGGUAAGCAAGAAGGAAGUCAUCGAAUAGCCUGUUGAAGAACAAAUUCCCAAUCACACAAUACCCUCUGUGAACAAAGCUGUCAAUUUGCAAACUUGUUCAAUCAACCUGUCGCAAGUGUUACUCAAAAGGUCAAAAGACAAAAAAUCAUGAACAUGAGAUUCAAUUGGUUUUUUUUUUUCAGUGGUGAAAUGUGAAGACUGAAAGUAUGAAACAAGUAACAUCACUUAGAUUCUCAAACUCUUGAAUUGUACAAUGUUUGGUAACUCUAAAAAGAUAUCAUUGCCAUUACAUAUUGUUUCCCAAAUAAAUACUGGUGUGACAUAUUUUA